GUAAUUCUCCGAGCCUGCACCCCACACAAUGGGUAUUCCAGAGCUGUGGAAUGUCAUCAAGGAGCAGGAUCGCAGCUUCCCAAUUGCCCAGCUCGCCGAAGAGCACUACAGGAAGCAUGGUCGACCCCUGAGGAUCGCCGUAGACGAAGCCGACUGGAGGUUCAACAAUCUGACCGCGCAACAAGUGUACAUCAUCCGCGAGAAAUCGAACGAGCCGGCCUUCCAGGGCAUCGAAAAGUCCAUCUUCUACCGCCUAUGCCGCCUCCUCGCACUCAACGUACAACUGCUAUUCAUCUUCGAUGGCCCCAAACGCCCUUGGAAGCGCGGACGGCCCAGCGGAAAGAUCGAUUACGAGAAGCUGAAGUUACUCAAGGAGCUGCUUCGCUACUUUCGAAUACCAUACCAUGAGGCGCCGGCAGAGGCCGAAGCAGAAUGCGCACGUCUACAAAUUCUGGGCGUGGUGGAUGCGGUGUGGUCGCAGGAUUCCGACACACUCAUGUUUGGUUGCGAUUUCCACAUUCGCGACGACCGCGUGGCGAAAGACAGGGGAAACAACGACCGCUCGAAGGAGAACACCAAGAAGAGCGGGAAGAGUGUCAGAGUUAUUCGUGGGCGUGAGAUACGCGAUGAGCAUAGCUUGGACCGCGAGGGGCUGGUACUGUUCGCCAUGCUGUGCGGUGGAGACUACGACCUGAAAGGUCUCCCACAGUGCGGCCCUGCGGCGGCCAUGGGCGCAGUCAAGGCUGGGCUCGGGAAGACUCUAUGUCAAUGCCGAACGAAAGCGGACUGUCUUAGCUGGAGGGAUGAGCUCGUGGACUGCCUGCAGAAGGCCAGAUUUCAUGGUUUCGUCCCUUACACUUUCCCCGACACCAGGACGCUGAACAAGUACUACCGCCCUACCAUCUCCACCGACGAACAGCUACGCAACCUACACAUGCUCCGAAAUGGGUGGGAUGGACCAAUCGACGAAACAAAGCUUCUCGAGCUGACUAGUUCGCGCUUCAAUAUUUGGGGGCGGCUGUAUAUGAACUGGGUAGGACCGGUCCUUCUCACUAAGUAUUUGGUGGCGAGAGACGCAUCCCUACCACGUGAGCAUAUCCACGAAAUCCGGCUCACCAAGCGGCGCGUAAAGAAGAACGAUGAGCAAGCCGUUCCACCUCUCGAGCGAAAUCUCACGUUCUCCCCCUUUGGUCUCACUACCCUCCAAAAGAAAGACUUCGAAGGUGAGCGAGCUGGAUAUUGGACAAGUGCUAUAAGCGACCCAUUUGAUCCAGAUCACCGCGUAGAGUGGGAGAUUCCGGAAUACCUGCUGCAGAAGGUACUCCCUCCUGAAGUUCUUAAUCCACCGCCCGCGGCGAAGAAGACACCGCAGAAGCGUAAGAGGAAGGCGCACUCCAAUGCGGAUGAUGAUGAGACGGGCGCCACGGUGCCUAAGAGCAAACGGACGGUUAGAACUAAACCGCGAAAAGAGAAUUCUCCACCCAAUACUAGCCAGCCGAGGCCAGGAAGGACCCCUCCUGCACACUCAGCAAACGCUCAGGGGCAGAGUUCCGCCGCACCUCUUCGACCAAUUCAAGGGAACGACUAUAUCAAUCUAUUGUCGUCGGAUGACGAGGCCCCUCGGCCGACAGAAUCUUACGGGGGAGAGGUUAUCGACCUGGGCUCGGAAUCUGAGGACUCAGAGGAUGAGAUGGAACAGCUGAACAGAGCUAUACGACUUAGUCUAGUUGGGAAAAGCCCAUUCAUCGAGUCCACGCCGACGAACCGCAGCAGGCGACCAGCUCCCAAAGACGAUAUUGCCUGGGUGGAUUGGGAGGAAGACCCAGAAAGCCUAUUUGUCCCUACCGAAUCUCCAAUUCAGAUGGGGACCAAGAGAGCCACGAUUAUGCCUAGCUUCCCCGCAACGGCGUCAGCACUAAGUCCUGACCGGCAAUCGAAAGAGCCUGUGAAGCAUACUGGGAAGAAGCCUCUGCGCGCCGCGCUCGAAGAACCCCCAAAUCAGGCCCUCUCAUCGCCACGCUUUACCUCCACGUUGCACCAGCCUAUGGCAUCAAAUUACGCGAGCCCGUCUCUUCGACCGGCAUCUUCGAUGCCGAAGGAAACUUUGACAGCUUCAAGGUCCCAGCUUGACAUCGUAGACGAGGGCGGCGUGCCGAGCCCCAAGAGCGUCGCACAGCUUCGGGCAGCGCGCCUGCAAUUCUUCAACUCUAACAGGGCAGCGCCUAUUGAUUCUCCGUCUGCAUCCCUUACUGCAAGUCCUUUAAAAUGCGUCCAAAAUCGCCAUACUCUGUCGAAACAAGACGCACCUGCAAAAGUCACUCAGGAGACCACAGACAUAGAGGUCAUUGAUUUGACAGAUCUUUAAGACGAUGCGGGACGCUGAAAGGCGCGGAGGAGGUCACAAUGGGAGACAGGAGCGAACGCAGCCCGUAUUGGGACAGGAAUUCUCAACAGGAAG